CCCGUCAAAAGCCAAUUACAUACACACAAUGCACAGAAUAUAAACUUCCGCCCCCAAAGGGGCAUAGCGAGAAAAACUGAGGUCCAGAAGGGCAACUCUAAACUCGGUAUCUCUAUUUUUUUUUUUUAAGAUUUAUAAUUAUAUUUACAUGAGUACACUGUUGCUGUUUUCAGACACACCAGAAGAGGGCAUCAGAGCCACCAUGUGGGUGCUGGGAUUUGAACUCAGGACCUCUGGAAGAGCAGCCAGUGCUCUUAACCGCUGAGCCAUCUCUCCAGCCUGUAUCUCUAUUCUUGAUGUCAAAGGACUUAUAAGACGGUUCUUUGUGUCUCCCACUCCUUCCAGAUUUCCUAACUGCAACAUGCUUCUUUCUCUUGGGCUGGCUCCACAUCCUGUCUGUAGCUCUCCUUGGCAGAUAUCCCAUGGCUUUGGACUCCCCAACAUCUUGGAGUCUCCAAGGCAAUCCAGGUUUUACCUUCACAGAUUCAUACAAUGGUCUCUCUGGGCUUUCAUGCUACAUGCCUGAUCUCAGAGGCAUUCCUUAAUCAUGAAGAUUCACCUCCCCUCUUUUUGUAUUCUUAUGUCUUUAAGUCUAGAACCACGUGACUCAAGUGCCAAGUCACAACUGCUGCUGGGGAUAAACCCUGGCCCUCUUCAUCUGCACAAGCUGUGACCGGUUGUUUUCCUUCCUGUUUCCAAGCUGCUGGGUUAUCUGGGGUGCUGUGCUGUUCUGAGUGUGAGUUCCUUUAUUCCAUUUAGCAUCAGGCUUUUCUUCAACCCUCUGAUCUUGAGCACAGGACUUGGCCCCGACAAUGCAGUUCUUGGCGUUCUUCUUCCCCUUAAACUGUUCAUUUUGCAUUUCUUUUGUAACUGUUAGGAACUGUCCACAUUCCAGUACCAGGUGUGACCCCAGCCUGCCUUCUGUGACUAGGAGCCAGCAGCCAUGUUACCCAGCUGCUAAAUUUGACACAUUUCACUGCUAUCACGAGUUGAGUGCCCUUAAUAAAGCCCAUGCCAUCCUGGCCCUUCCUCUCCUAUCUCCACUCAAAGUGCGAUUUCACCCCUCCCCCCAAUAAAUCUCAUGCUCCGUCUGUUGUGUAAUGUGACCUUUGUGGCAUUAAUUGGCCCCUACCUGCCAAACUACCUUUUUGCCACGCAAAACUCUAAUAGUUCCUCUUGACCCUUUUCUCUGAGGAUCAACAUAAGAGGAUGUCUUCAAAUCUCCUUUCCCAGUGACAUUAAUUCAGAACUCUUUAAUUCAGCCUUAGGCAGACUUUUAGGGCAAAGGCAGUCACCUUCUUUGCCAAAAUAUCCCAAGAAUGGUCUCUGGGUCACUUGCUAACAUGCUUCCCUUCUGAAACCUCUUAAGCCAGGUCUACACAAUUCACAUGGCUCUUAGCAACACAGUGCCAAGCUAAUCCUCCUACCAAUGUUAUGUUCAAAGUGGAUCUCCCAAUUGGCAGUGCUGGUAGCAUUGUCCUAAACAGAAGGACCUUGGCCAGGUAAACAGAAGGGCUGCUACUGUAUAAACACGCUUAAGGGUUUAUGUUUACUGGAAUAGCAGAUCUCUUCAGGCACAUUCUGUGUGCCUAGAACCCCCAUUAAUCAGCUCAAAGGUCAACUUCCUAGAGCAAGGGUACCUAGAUCCCAUCCAUCUAAACAGCCUUUAUCAACUCAAAGAUGCCACCCUGUUGACUUAUAUAGUUCUGCUUGCUUUUCCACCAUUUUGUUUCCCAACCCCACCCCAAGACAGCCUUGGCAGUUUGGUUCCUAAUAAACCUUCUUUCUACCCGUAGGAUGGUCUAGUUUGGUGGUUUCACUGCGACUUUACUCAAAAUGGACUAGGAUGGUCCAUUAAGUCCUGCUUCAAUUAUUCAAGUGCUUUUCUAGGCUAGAGUUCAAGUCUUCCACACUCCUCCAGAAAGCAUCAACUAUCAGAGUAGUACCCUAUUCCUUGGUACCAACUUUCGUCUUAGCUACUGCUGAUGUGAGGAGACAGCAUAAGGAAGGCAACGUUUAAAGGAAAGCAUUUAACUGGGGAUUGCUUACAGUACCAGAGGAAUAGUCCAAGGAAACAUGGAAGGGAGUGUGGCAACAGGCCUGGUACUGGAGCAGAAGCUGGGAGCUCACAGGACUCACAAGUUGCAGGAAGAGGGAGAGAGACAGAGAUAAACACACAGAGAGAGGAGAGACAGAGACAGACCAGGCCUGGCAUAGGCUUUUUAAUGAAAAUGGCCUCCAUUCAUGUAUUUCAAUACUUGGUCCCCAGUCAGCAGAACUGUUUGUGAAGGAUUAGUAAGGUUGGCAUUUCUCUGUGUGUUACUAGGGGCAGGCUUUGAGGUUUCAAAAGUUUGCACCAUUCCCAGAUAGCUCUCUCUUCCUUGUGGCUACUGUCUCAAGGUUUAGGCUCUCAGCUACUGCUCCAGCAGAAAGCCUGCCUGUCUGCUGCCAUACCCUGUCCCCAGCCUGGUCAUAGACUCACUCUCUGGAUCUAUAAGACCUCAAUAAAUUAUUCUCUUAGUUGACUCAGUCAUGGGGCCUCUUCACAGCAAAAGAAAAGUAACUAAUAAUACAUAACCCAAGAUGAAAAUUAUCCCCUAUUUCCCCAAAUCCGUCCCACUGAACACCACUCAAUAUGUUCUCCCCCAACCUCCCUGCCAGACUCUGACAACCUCUGCUGUGCUUUCUGUCCCACCAAAUUGCCUUUGCAGGAAAGAUCAUAAACGAAACCAUGUAGUAAGCAAGAAACCAAUAUAAAUGGGAACAUGGAGUAUAUUGCUAACUUCUCAGCAUCAUUUGUGCUGGACCCAUUGUGUGGAUGCAUCUGUGUUCACACUGAGUGUCAUGUAGGUUAACAGUUACUACAAAUACACAUGUAUAAGCUUUUGUGCGAACAUCUAUUUCUCUUCUCUUGCGCGAACAGGAAAGAGAUCAAGAGAACAAAUGGUACCAUUCAUUAAGCUAAAUUAAAUUAUUUGGCUUUUUGAGACAAGAUUUCACUCUGUAACUCAGAUUGGCCUUGAUCCUCCUGCCUCAGCUUUUGAAGUGGGCAAGCCAUCACACCUGGCAAACUUAAUAAGAAGUUAGCAACUGUUUCCCAAGGCAAUUGAAUCACUUCGCUCCUUCAUCAUUAGUAAUACCUUUAAAUUCCUCAUAAGCUUGCUAUGUUAGUAACCACAGCCACUGUAACGGUUUUUGCUGGUAUCUCAUUAUGGGUUCAAUUUACUCAACCCUAAUGGACAAUGGCACUGAGUUAGAUGUUCUGGAACUGUGUCAAAGUAGAGUGCUAUUUGAAAGAAUCUUCCCAAAUAGACUAUGAACUUGCCUUUCCUUUUAGGGUUCCUGGUUUCAAGCUUUUCUCUAGUAGAGAUAACAGCAGCCCCCGAUGCUGCCUUAAUCUCCCAGGAAAGUUGCCAAAAUUUCAGUUUAGAUUUGGCUUUACUUCAGAGGAAGCAAAAGAGUAAGCUAUGAAUCAUUGGGGUUUUCUUAAAAUUUCUUAUUGUGGCAGACAUGAGGAGCUUUAUAUUUCUGCCUUUUACCAUCUCUCAUUCAUUCACAUAUAUAUAUAUAUACAUAUAUAUAUACAUAUAUAUAUGUAUAUAUAUAUAUAGGUUAUCCAGAAAAUGUCAUCUAAGCUCAUGUUUUAUUCUAGAAACUAUUAUUCCUCCCCAUUAGCCCUCUCUUCAACAUUUCUCAGGGAUUAUACUACAACUUGAUCUCAGCAAAUAUCUUCUCUAAUGUGCAUGAAGAGGAUUAAUAUUCUUCACGGACUAUUUCCCAAAACUCAGUCCAUAAGAAGAUACUAGGAAGCAUAUCUCAGUAUCACUUGGAGGGAGAUGGGAAUAGAAAGACACAGCUAGAGAUGAGGUAUUUCAAGGGGUGAGAGGACGCUGGUUGGUAAUGAAGUAGAUGAAACAGUAUGGGAUAAGCAAUGCAGUUCAAUGUUGGUGUUUAGGGUAUGUUCUAGAAUUAAAUUUCCUUUAGAAAUAAUGAAUUUUUCACUGUCUGAUGACUCUGUUCCAUAAAAACUCAUCAGUGAAGAUUCUGACAGUAUAGUAAGUAUCCUUAUACUUCCAAAGUAUGUUUCAUUCUUUUAUUUAAAACACACAUAACAGUGUUCAAUAUUAGCGAUGGGAGAAUAUUGUUUAUCCCUCCAUGGUUGACCUGGAAAAUGAAGACAUUAUCAACAGUCUGAAAACCACAACUGCUGUUAAGACCUAAGGCUAACCUGUAAGUCUCCCUUGCCCAAGGGCAGAUAACCGCCUGGAAGGUUGGGUGCUAUGCUUCUUGGGAAAUUACAAGCCACAUUUCUGCUUCCCUUCACAGGUGUGUUUACACUAGAUGUGCUUGACUCGACAUGGUAGGGGUGGGGGGGGUGGUUGUAGGCAGGAAAUACGUCAGGACGUUUGCUAGCACCUGAUUGGGCCUGAUGAGAAAUACAGUGGCCAUGGGCUUUUGCAUUAAGACUUUGCAAAGCAUGAUUUAUGACAAUUUUCCGGGACCCCAGAGAUGGACCUGGUAAGAGUCUAUCAACCUGGCCGUAUUUGCUACAACUUGUCCUGAAAUUGUGGAACUGGUUUUCUACUUGAGUUUCAGGACUGACACUAGCGUGGUCUGUAUUUAUGCUCCAUGUUAGUAAGUCAGCAGUGAGCACAUCUGAUUUAUAGUGUAAGAAAGAUACACAUUGUUGAAAUAAAUCUAAUUCAGUAAUGCUGUGGGCUCUUGAUCUUUCAAAAGACACUUUAUUUAAUUACUAUGUGUAUGACAUAUGUGGCACAUUGGGCAAGCGGAGGUUAGAGGACAGCGUUCAGGAUUUGGUUCUCUCCUUCUUUGACAUGGGUUCUGGGGAUCAAACUCAGGUUAUCUGGCAUUGAUCCAUCUUCCUGGCCCUGGUCUGUCAUUCUUUACACAUGCUGAUGACAACAGGGAUAAAAUAAAGUCAAGGAAAAGUCUGUCUGUUCAUCUGUCUGUCUGUCUGACACACACACACACACAUACAGUGAGACAGAAAUGAAGUUGUAAAGCAGCUGUGAAAGGAAGCUACACAGGACAGUGUUUUAUUCCCAUCCCCUGGCAAUGGCUUUCAAUAAUUCCUCUGAAAAAAAUACUCUGCAGUAUGACAUUUCAAGACUUUUUGUUAACAUAAGGCUUUUCAUGACAGCCGUGUCUGCUCCUGACAGCACCGUGUUCUACCUGGAAGACGACGUUGAACGCUGACGAGCCUCCUUACGGAGUUGGCUUCAAGUGUGGCAAAGCUGCUGCCAGGCGGGGUUCGGGGGACAACAACAACAACAACAACAACUGGGGGGGACAAACAGCCCCCAAACCACCCUGCCCUGACUGCUGCCAGCAUGCUGUCCAAUCUGGACAAAUGGGAUGCAGGGGAGUCUAUCACUGAGCUCUGUAAAGACAAAGUAGGCAAGUCUUUCCACUCCUGCUUCACAGAAUGUCCGUCAGAGAUUCAGAAGGCUGAAGAUGAUGCUCCAACACAGGACACAGGGAACCUUGGGUGGCUGCCCAGUUAGCCAGGAACCUCAGCCAUUUCUAUAGAGACAAAGCUGCUUCCUCUGUACUUUCUAUUUAUUGAGGUAAAUUUUCUCCUUCUCAGGUCUCUGACAGGAUUGAAGAUUAGCUAGUUAUAGUCUCAUCAAACUUAAGCUGUUUAGGAUCUAAGAAAAUGAUUUAAGGUCUAAGAUGAUGUCUUUAGGUUGGUAAUGCAAAUUACGAUAGAAAAUGAUUUAGGUACAGAACUUGGUGCUUACCCAGAUAGAUAAUGGAGCACUUCCCCCACAGUUCUUAAAGGCAUGUGACUGGACACUGUGGAUAUAAUUCUUGAUAGUUUUCAUAAUUGUUCUUACUGUGGAUAGUUUAUUGAUACUAGAUAAAGAGCUCUUUAUUAGUUCAAAAGGGAGACACAUCUGGAUAAUCUCUUUUGCACUGUGUGUCACAUACAUAUCUGAUGGCCUAUUACCUGAGGCAGGAUUAGAGGAUGGGACAUCUGGUAGAGAGGGGAACUCUGGAAGAUGGGUGAGUGGGAAGAUUUGCCACCCGCACUUGGAGGAAGUAGAGGAGAGGUAACUAGCCAUUUGGCAGACAUAGCAUAGUAUAAACAGGUUACAAACUCGUCUGUGAAUAAACCUAGUUUAAAUACUACAUAAUAAGCUUCUGAGUCAUUAUUCGGGAACUGGAAUGCGGGUGGAUGCCUGUGGCUACAGGAGUAGACAGAGAAUCAGGUGAAGGCUUUAGGCAGUGGUCUGUGAUGAGUGUGAGUCCAGGCAUCCUUCCCUUGUCCCCUGCUUGUACCUACCACAGAAAAGAGUAUACAUUUUACACAGUUCUUUCAGUAUGUGGGUCCUCAUUAGGAUUGUUUUAUCUCUAGUUAUUUACAAUGGGUGAAGAGGAGGCAAUCUCCUAGUCACCGCAUUCAAGGUAGAACAAGCAGGGUCGCAAUGUAGAUACUUGGUUGAUUACUAUAAUAAUAUCACAAACUAUUAACAUGUGGUGUCAGGAGAGUAGCUUGCUCUUUCUGAGUCACUGAAAUAGUUUUAAUUAUCUGGCCUUGGGUUACAGAUAGCAAUUUAAUAUCAGUGUAACGAGAAACCCAAACAUUAUUAAAUCCUAGGAGAGAAAAAUGAAUGAUAUUGGUUAGGGAGACCUAGAAAGAUUAAUUUGCAUCAGUUGAAAAUGAGAAAAUAAAAAUUAUAAGGCUUACUUAGCUGGACACUGACUGGAGGGAAUAGGAGUAAUAGAUCUUUCUGCUGAAUUAGUUUCAUUAAAAUGAUAAAUAUGGAUCUUAAGCAAGUCCAAUGAGCCCCCGAAUUUGCCUUAAUUAUUCCAGUAAUACGUAAAGUUUGGAGAAAAACAAAUCAUUUAAUCCUGCUUAGUUAUUCCCUUCUAUAAACUUACUUUUUGGAAAACUAAAGGAUAACUAUUUGCUUUCACCUGUGUUUUGGAUUCCACAGGACCCUCUGGACAUAUUAUCUAUUACUGCAAGAACAAGACCUAGAAACAAAGCAUUAAUUCUGACUGGGGUGAUAUUAACUAAACCAGCAACCACAGCAGCAGGUAAUGGCUGGGAAGUUCUACAGAGCAGUUCAGCAGAGCCACUAAGAGGUCUUGUGAGAGGUGGUGACAUGUGGGCUGGGACCUCAAAGAGGCAAGGGAAGAACUGUCUAGGUGGAAGUUAAUGUCUGAACCCAAUCAAAGAAUAUGUUGUCUUCCUAAAGAGACUUCUCCUAAAACUUGUUGGUUCUUACAUUUCUAGCUUUAAGUAUUUCCACAAAAACAUGACUGGGCAAACUGUUAAAUGAUUUAACAUCUGGGAUGUUCUAUGAUUUUCAGAUGCAAAGUAUCUUUGGUCUCCUAUAAAGGCCAUCCAUCACCUCAACCACAACUGGUAGGAUUAGCGGUACAUGCAAUAUGCCCUUGUAUCAGGAACAUGUUUGAGCAAUGUGCUGCAAUCAUUACCCAACUUCAUUCCCUAAGAAGCUUUUUACACAUCAGAAUGCUUUACAGGCAAAUGUGAAUUUUAAAAUUGUAUAUUUUUAGACAAGAAGUACAAGGUGUUUUCUUGGUUUUUGACACUCUCGCUGUCUAGCCUUGGCUAAUCUAAACUUUUUAUAGACUAGGUUGACCUUGAUUGUGCUUCAGUACUCUUGCCUCUGCUUCCCAAGUGUUGGGAUCACGGGUGUGUGUCACUAUGCCCAAUGUGAGGCUUUUAGUCAAACUGUUUACUGUGAAGUUCCUAUGUUGGCUUCAGUGCAGAUCCUACCAGGCUGUAAGAAGUCGAUCCUGGGUUGGAAUAUCCCUCCCAUUUGAAAAAAGGCUGCACAAUAAGGAACAUUGAACAUGCAAGUAGUAAUUCUGGGGUUCAUUUCCUUCCUAUCCAUCAUUCUCUUCCUUCUACUCAACUAAUAAAUAAUUUAGCGAAACCUGAAAAGUCGCACCUUACUUCCUUAUUCCCAGGAUACCUUUAUUAAUACAAAGUUUCCCUUCUGAUCCUUUGAUCAAUCAUCCCUAGUCUUCCUACCAAUUUCCUGUUCGCCUUCUCUAGUUCUUCCACAUAGUUGUAAAAUUAUCUUCCUGAAAAUCAAAAAAAAAAAAAAUGAGUUUUUCCUCUUGCAUGUACUUGACAUUCUAGUGGGACAGAAUUGGGGGAGUAAACACCAGAAAGAUAAACCCUUGGAAAAACCAAUCCCCAAACUUCCAGACAAAUAUGUGACAAAGAAUCAUUAAAAGUAAUAAUAAAAAGAGAAGAACUCAAGAAGAGGUAGGGUGGGAUGGACAGUACAGGAAGGAAUGCAUUGCACACUGGUGACAUGGGAUGCUAAAUGCUGUCUCCCUGGCUGGAGACAUGCCUGGGGAGGACAGCUGGGUUUGAUGUCUUGGUGCAAACAGGCAGCCAGAAUAUCACAAUGCUGCAGAACGUCUUAGCAAGAGAGCACUGAAGACACGAGAGGACUGGACUCGGGAAGGGAUUAUUCUGAGCACUAAAGGGUCUCUGUGAGUUAGCAGUCCUCAGAAAGCAGAGGAGUCUAUGGACACUUUGUCAUGCGCUAUCUAGGAGAUAGAACAGGGCUGUCAUUGUUAAAUGGUCAGAAAACAGUAGUCACACAGUAGCUGAAAUACUCAGCUUUGUGAUUUAGAAAACCAGAAUAGUAAGAGUUGUGACUGUCACCAUAAAGGCCAAUGAGGAGAGUUAGGAAUUAAAUAUUUAAAUUGAACUUUGUUCAGAGCCAGCAACCUGAGAGGCCAGCAGACUAACACCUCAAAAGAUAUGCUGCCUGCAGGUCCCCUCCAGACAUCAGAUUCCACAGGGAGCUACUGUGGUUUGGGAAUAGUCAUUCAUUUUAGAACUCACUCUAUGUCGUCCCUCUUGUCAGCCAUAUUUAUGAGUCUUGUGAUUUCUGUGCCUCUCAUUGUCCCGCCUCGAGUCCUUCUCUAUUGGCUUCAGGCACUUCCUGGAAUGCUUUAGUUUUUGUGUGUUGGAUAUCAACUUUGUACUUCUUUACAGGCAUCCGGGCUGGCAGCAGGGGUUAACUUGAGAGAAACCAUUAGCAGUGCCUAAAAAGCUAUUAAUAGCAUGUGUGUGCAGACUCUAUAUUCUUUCUGUAAUGUCAGGUACAAAUGUGCCCUUAUAAUACAGAAUGUAAGAGUCUCUAUCCGCCUCUUCUGCCCACUCUAAGUCUGGAGGAUGUUCUUGUGUCGGAUGUAUUCAGACAUGACUGUGGGGAAUCUUCCACCUUCUCCACUACGGCCACAGUGGUCAUAAAUGACACUGAUGGUUGGUGAUUGUUUAUGCUUAAGAGGAUAUGUGCUGUAGCUGAUAAUUCGAGGCCAGAUGCUGUCAGACCCACCAAGGGUUAGCUGCAAGCACAGUUUAGUCUCUGGCCACGCAACAUCAUGGGGUUUAUUAAUUUUUAACAAUCAACUGACAAAACUCUUGCAGAUAGUUUCAUUUCUUGAAAAUGUAUCAGCAUUAUAGGUAAAGAGUUCCUAUGGUUUUAAUAGUUAUUUUAGUUAUUUCUCCACUGCUUUGAUGAAAAAAACAAAACAAAACAAAACAAAAAAACAAAAAACACUAUGACCAAUGCAGCUCAUUUAUCCGGGCUCACAGUUUCAGGACUAGAGUCCUUGAUGGUAUGAUACAGGCCAUGACACCUGAAGCUGGAAGCUAAGGGCUGCCAUUCCGAACUCGUCCUUGUCGUUGUCGAUGUCUUAGAAGCAGAGUGUGUAACCUGAGAAUGCUAUCCUGCUUUGCAACCUCAAAGCCUGACCCACAGCACUUCCAACAAGGUCACUCCCCCUAAAUCUACCUAAACAGCACCACCAAUUGGACUCCAAGUAUUGAAUGUCUGAGACUACAGGAGACAUUUAUCAUUAAAACCACGAAGACAAUAACAGCAACUGACUGCCCUGCAUCUCUGUUUUAGAGAGUAACUACAUCCCAGGAAUGCCCUGAACUUGUGACAAAGUUCUUGCCUCAGCCUCUUGAGGGCUGGGAUUACAGGUAUGAAACCCUAGAUGGAGAGCUGAGGUGUGGUGAAGAAAGAGUUAAGUGAUAAUGUUAACACUUAAGGAAUUUCAUUUUGUUUUCUCAAGAUCUAUGUGGGUGAAGGGAGCAGUCAGAGCAGACACAAACCUUUCUUAACUACCCAACACAAAUGUCACUUGUAUGACGGAAUGCCACAAGACCAAGGGCAACCUGUUCACUCCUGACUGCCUAAGGAUUAUAAUAAAGUAGCUACUGUAAAUUUCAGAAACUCCAGGUCUCAGUUGUCUGCCUACCUCAUCUUUAGAAACAUUAAGCUGCAGUUUGAGCACAUAUGUGGCCCUGAUGGGUUUGCACGGUGCCAGCCUCUCUUUUAAGGACUUGCUAAAAUCAGGAAGGCAUUCUCCGAUCUAACUCCACAGUCUGAUUCAACACACAUCUAUGAGAUUCAUUCAUAUUCUAUUUUAUUUUUAAUUCAUGAGUAGUGUUGCACUGAAUAUUUCAACUUCCUUAUUCUCCCACUGACAGACAUCUGGGCUCCUUGAGAAUUUUGCCAUCAUGAGUACACUUGAGAUGAGCAUUUCUGUUCAAGUCUCUGUGCCGAUGGAGGGCUUUAUUUCCUUUGGUGAACACAAGGUAUGGGUCUGAUGUGUCAAAGGGUAGACACUCAUUAGACUUACAGGAAACUGACAGGGCUGUACUUUCUGCACAAGUUUAGUUAGCUUCAUUUGCUCAAGAAAACAGCCAGGCUGGGUUGGGGAUUAAGCUCAGUGGUAGAGCGCUGGGUUGGGUCCUCAGCUCUGGGGGGGUGGGGAGGGAUUUCUUUAAAAAAGAAAACAGCCAGGCUGAGAUGGUGAAGGAUGGGUAAGGCCAUAACUCUGCGCUUCACGGAUGGCGUUCUAGUCACUUACGGGCAGAACAACGGGCAAGCGGGUAGGGAAAUAUUUGUAGGGAAAAGAAGCUCAGGCCGCACAAGUAUAUGAAUACCCAACAAAUCUUUGUCUCUGUUUUGAGACUCCAUUUCAUUAUGAUCAAGCCCUGGCAGUGGGAUUUCUGAAUAUGAAGACUUAAAAAGGGCAGUUUCUGAAAGAGAACCGUUAUUUGCAAAAUUCCAGUGGUAUCCUCAAUCCCCUCGGUAGCUUUUAAAUAUACCCUCCACUUUUCUUCAGCAGGGAGCAGUGGGGCUUCUCUUAAUGAAGAGUAGCAACCAUCAGAAACAAAUCGCCCUCUCUUUUCCUUUUGUUUCUUUUCCUCCACUCACCAUACAGACACAACUCUCCUGUUUUAGGUUCCUUAGCAUGGUUGAAAAUGUCCUCCAAAACUUACACUGAAAUUUGCUACAGCAACAGUAUGAAUGCAACGCUACAGGGAGGGGGUCCUUUAAGAGGUGAUGAGGACACUGGAGUUCUGCCACCAAAAAUGAAUUGCUACCACAAGAGUAUGUUCCUGAUAAAACCUGAUAGACGGUUUCCAGUGCUUUUACCCUGCCACUUAGCUGACACUGCAUGUUAUUCCACUUUCCCAAGCCUCCAGAACCAGAUAAACUUGUUCACAAUUUAAUGUCUGUAGUAUUGUUAUAGCAGCAGAAGGGUCUAAGACAACUAACUUUCCCUACCUUCUUUCCUGUGAAAGCUGACCUCUCCACAUCAGUGAACCUGUUACACCACUGAAAUUUAAGACUUCAGAAAGAUUGAGUUUACUUUCCCACCUUGGCCACCAAAGUCUGUCAUACCGGCACGGCACUAAUAUUCAUAGAGUCGACAGACUGGAUUUCAAGGUGUUAACAACAGUAACUUCGAGAGCCUGGAAUGUCAGGAUUACUCUUGUGUUCGAGAAACUCCCUUCCGGCGAGUGUACCUGAUCUGAUAACAUGCUUUCAUCCUGCAAUUGCCUGCAAAGGCAGCGUCACGCAACAGGUGCCUAGACAAAUGAGUAGGAUCACUGUUGUCACACAGCUAACGGGACCUUACUGGAUUGUCGCCCAUCACCCAAGGGCAGCGCUUCUGUCUCUCCCUCAGGCCUCUCAGGUGGAACUGGUUCUUCAGGUUCCCAAUUGGCCUCAGUUUCCGAGUCUGGGCUGAUGCUGGGGUGGGAAGUGAAGGGGGAAGAGCCAAGCUGCGCCUGGCCAAUGGCAGCUCUUGAACUUACACCUCCAGACGUCAGCGCGGCGGGGGGAAACGGAUGUCACACAGCUGGCUCGGAAGCGUCUCCGCCCGCCUCUGGAGAGGGGCGUGAGCCCUAAGGCGUCCGGGCAACCUCGCCGCGGGAGGGGCGCGCGGCCCUGUCAGCGCGCGGCCCUGCUUCUCCCCGGCGCUCCCCGCCCUGGGUGAGCCCCCGCGCGCCCCCGUCCGGGCGCGCCCCCGCGGCCGGCUCCGCCCCCCUCCCGGAGCGGGCGGCGCGCUCCUGCGGCGACGGGCCGUGUCGCGGGCGGGCGGGCGGGCGCGCGCGCGCCGCCGGCCGAGCCGCAGUUAAAAUGGUCCGAGUCGGGCCAGCGUUGCCCCCGCCGCGGCGCUGACCGACCGAACCGGCUGGCCUAGCCGGCAGACUCUCUCCCUCCCUCGCGUCCCCACAGCUCGCGCCCGUCCUUCUCCCGGCUCCCUGGGCAAAGCAUGUAGCCCGCGUCGGGCACCCGGGCGGCCCGCAGCUGACGCCCACCCCCGCCGUCGCGUGUGCCGGGUGCGCGGCGCGGGCGACCCAGCCAGCGGCCUGCCCAGCCGCCGGAGCCCGCCCCUCGGGCCUCCCUCUCCCGCCCCGUCCCGGUCGCCCUCUUCGGGGCCUUCUAUAUGGGCCACCUUCUCUCGAAGGAACCGCGUAACCGCCCGAGCCAGAAGGGGCCUCGCUGCUGCAGCUGGUGUCGCCGCCGGCGCCCUCUCCUCAGACUACCCCACCGGACUCCGGCCAAGGCGUCCCCGCAGCCCGCGGCGCCCCGGAGCCGGGACUGCUUCUUCCGCGGGCCCUGCAUGCUCUGCUUCAUCGUGCACAGCCCCGGCGCGCCCGCCCCCGCCGGCCUAGAGGAGGAGCCGCCGCUCUCGCCGCCGCCGCGGGACGGGGCCUACGCCACCGUCUCCUCGCAGCACCUGGCGCGGCGCUACGCGGCCCUGGCCGCCGAGGACUGCGCCGCCGCCGCUCGCCGCUUCCUCCUGUCCUCGGCCGCCGCCGCCGCCGCCUCCUCGUCGCCCGCGUCCUGCUGCAAGGAGCUGGGGCUGGCCGCCGCCGCCGCCUGGGAGCAGCAGGGCCGGAGCCUCUUCCUGGCCGGCGUGGGGCCCGUGCGCUUCCUGGGACCGCCGGCCGCCGUGCAGCUCUUCCGGGGAUCGCCGGCGCCGCCGCAGGCCGAGCCCACCACGGUCCUCGAGAUGGUUUGCAAGCGGAAGGGGGCCGGGGUCCCCGCCUGCACCCCAUGCAAGCAGCCCCGCUGCGGCGGCGGGGGCUGCGGCGGGGGCGGCGGCGGCGGGGGAGGGCCUGCGGGGGGAGGUGCCUCGCCGCCGCGGCCGCCCGAUGCCGGCUGCUGCCAGGCCCCGGAGCAGCCCCCGCCGCCGCUCUGCCCCGCGCCCGCCUCUCCCGCCUCCGAGUGUGCCCCCAUCGAGGCCGCCGCCGGGGACGCAGUCCGAGCCGGGGGCACCGCCCCCUCGUCUGCCCAGCAGCAGCCUGAGAGCGGCGACUCGGACUGUCAGGAGCCCCCCGAAAACCCCUGCGACUGUCACAGGGAGCCGCCCCCCGAAAUCCCAGACAUCAACCAACUGCCGCCGUCCAUCCUGCUUAAGAUAUUUUCCAACUUGUCCCUGGAUGAACGUUGUCUUUCCGCAUCGUUGGUUUGCAAGUACUGGCGUGACCUUUGUUUAGAUUUCCAGUUUUGGAAGCAGCUGGACCUUAGUAGUCGUCAGCAGGUUACUGAUGAAUUAUUGGAAAAAAUUGCCUCCAGAAGUCAGAAUAUAGUUGAGAUCAACAUUUCUGAUUGUCGCAGUAUGUCUGACAGUGGAGUGUGUGUUCUAGCAUUUAAGUGUCCUGGACUUCUUAGGUACACAGCCUACAGGUGUAAGCAGCUUUCUGACACCUCUAUCAUUGCGGUCGCCUCUCACUGUCCUUUACUGCAGAAAGUCCACGUAGGCAACCAGGACAAACUCACUGAUGAAGGACUCAAGCAGCUGGGCUCAAAGUGCAGAGAACUCAAAGAUAUUCACUUCGGCCAGUGUUACAAGAUCUCGGACGAAGGCAUGGUUGUCAUAGCUAAGAGCUGCCUGAAGUUGCAAAGAAUAUACAUGCAGGAGAACAAGUUAGUGACAGACCAGUCAGUGAAGGCCUUUGCUGAGCACUGCCCUGACCUCCAGUGUGUUGGCUUCAUGGGUUGUUCAGUUACUUCCAAAGGAGUCAUUCACCUAACCAAGCUAAGAAACCUGUCCAGCCUAGACCUGCGCCACAUCACUGAACUGGACAAUGAAACUGUGAUGGAAAUCGUCAAGAGGUGCAAAAAUCUCAGCUCUCUGAAUCUCUGUCUGAACUGGAUCAUAAACGACAGGUGUGCACUAGUUCCACUUACGUUGAGUUGCUGGUCUCCACUUGGGAUGAUGUCACGAGAAGGAACGUGCCAAAGAACUUCUGGAGGUGACCUGGCGGCUUCGUGCACUUCCCUGGAUUCAGGCCAGAGCUGUGGGAGGACCCGUGAUGUUUGUAGGAGUCUAAAUGGUAUAAGCAGGACCAAAGGGACAGUGGUGGGAGGCUUGCACCGCGUCUUGGUCUCACAUCUUCAUCUUCGCUGAUCUUCACUUCUUUGAGAGAGGUAAGGCAGAGGCCUUCUCCUGGCGUCCUCCCUGAUUCUGGCUUCUGCUGACUCAGACCGAUUAGGCCUGGCUGUCUCUGCUAGGUAGUGCCCUGCUGCUGAUUCCUGGUUGCAAUCCCGACUGUACCAACUGGACUGCUGGGAGAGUCGUGAAGUGUUUGUGAGUGGAUCGAGCUGCCCCUGCUGACUCCUGUGAACUGAGCUGCUGAUUUCCUGACAACCCAGAUUGAAUUUGCUCCAAAGAACAAUCCCUGAACAGGCCUAUUUCCCCCAUAUUCUAAUAACUUUGCUUUAACACCAACUCUGGUGGGUGGUGGGGUAGAAGGGGGGCGGUUAAAGCUUUUAAGAACCGUUAAUAAAAGUAUGUUUAGAAAAAUUUAAGAAGACACUUAGGCUUGCUCUCCUACUAGCUCUUAACUUAGGCUAGCCCAGUUAUACCAUUUUAUGUCUGUCACAUGGCUAGUUAAUUACCUUGCCUUUCCUCAGUUUCCCAUUUCCUCCAAGUCUGGGUGGCAAAUCUCUCAUGUCUCUCUCUUUCCCAGAGUUCCCUUCUCUCUGCCCAGAAGCCCCACCUUACUAUUUUGCCAUUUGCUAUGAUAGAUCAUAGGCUUUUUAGUUUAACCAGUCAGAUGGCACUUAGGCAGGCAAGAAAGGGCAGAGACACAUCUUCAUACAGUGUAGGGAGAUAGGAAGAGGAGAGAGAAAGGCGGCUUUUAAUGUGCAAACACAUUUUUCAUCUACUAAUUCAUGUGGCUAUUUUCAUUUGUAUGGUAAGUCUUCCUAAAAUGUAUGUAAACUACUUACUUCUAACUUAGAAAGACAGCCUUUCAUGAUUCUAUGUGAACUACUUACACAUAGCUUAGAAAGACAGCCUUCCGUGGUGUCCGUGGCAUUCAGAGCUUCGUGUGUGGGGUGGAAUGUGUGUAUUCAUGGUCACUUCUGACAUUCUGUCAUUAAAGCACCAUUAGUAAAAAUUUCUUUUGUCAUACUGGGAAGUGAGCCCAGGUCGUCGUGAAUGGACAGGUGUACCCGUGAGCUGUAGCCCUGCCCCAAGCAGGUCCUCUUGGUAAGGUACUGCAUUCAUUUAGAAACUUUAACCAUGGAGAGCUCAGUUCAAAUCCUUUAAUCUCUUAACCUCCCAGGCUUGGUUUUUGUUAUGGUUUAUGCUCUCAUUUUAAAGACGAUGACAGUUGUGGUAAUGCUAGAUUUACUCUUUCAUCACCUGAGUGCCAUCGUGCCUCAGAUGCCAUCCGAAGCUUUAAGGAUACAUUGAGGAAGCUUUUGGAUGAGAUGGUUAUCUUAGAGGUUUAUUUUUCUCUUUGUUACUGUGAUUUAGGGAUCUUAGUUUUUGACUGUGCUAAAGACUAAACCCAGAGCCGUGUGGAUGCUAGGCUAUAGCAACUGAGAGCAUCCCGGUUGUUCUUGAGAGUUCAGAACCCCGAGCACACAUGCCCGUCCACCGGGCUGCUCUUUAUGGUAUGCAAUCAAAUUUUUUUAUUCUCUUCCACAAAAUAUCUUAGUCAAUAAAUGCGGUGGCCAGAUUUGAAGCAUACUGUACAGAGGUGAGAUUAAGCACAUGGUUUUAUUCGACGUAACUCACCUAGAAUACCAUGGGAUGUUUUAGCAUUUGAAUUUAAGCUGGGCUUAUUUCAGUUAAGUUUCAAUCUUUUAAGGUUGUUUCUUUCCCUCAAUAAUCAAAACUUUAUUUAAAAACUGACCCCCAAGUAGGAGAACAUUUCUGUAUACCUUAAAAAAAUCAAACAUAAACGCAUCGGUGGAUAGGCUAAACUUACCAAAUUUAUGGCAAUGCCAUUUUUGAAGAAACACAAGUUCAUAAAGCUGUGAAGGUCGUAGCUGUGUUCUUUGUAUGAACUGAGCACUCAUCUGCUUAUCCAGCCCUGUAGGCUGGCACAGCACUGCUGAUCAAUCUCUUUGUUCCAAAAAGCUGAGGGACUGGAAGGGGGCAGUUUCUCCCCUCCUCUAUCCCGGGGAAGCAUUAAGACGCUGUUCUCAAGUCAGCCACCCUCAUCUACCCCAUUGCUUUUGGACGGAGAUGAAGGGUACACGAAUGUUAAUUGUAAAACCAACACUGAUAGCACCGUGCAGCAUAUGCUGACAAUACAGAGGCUUAACGACAGGUGCGCAGUUAGAACCAGCUCCAGCCAGGACCCGAUCAAGCCAUGCAUGGAGUCAGUGGCCUCUUCAAAUUUCUCUGUUUCCUGGAUAUCAUUAAUACCAUGGAAACCUGGUCACACAAUAAUAUUUUAUUAAAGUUUGGUCACGUUUUUUAUUAUAAUGGAGGGGAUCAAUUAAUUUCAAAAUAAAUAGGCCAUGCUGGCUUUGCUUCAUUACCUAGAGCUUUCUAUACAAUGUUUAAUCCAAGAAACAACUUACUGGACUAUGCUUCUUCAUUAGAGUAUUAGGUGUUUUUAUUUAAUUGACAAAAAUAUGAAUGAUGUAAUAUUGUUAAUCCUGUUAUGUCCGUAUUCCAGAAGUUUCUUCACUUAGUCUUUGGUGAGAAGAGAAUGAACUCUUCCUGAAGUCGAGGGUCCUGCUUUCUCAGUGUUAACAAUGGGCCCUAUUAAGCUGCUUCCAACUGAGAAAGGCUAGGAAGACUUCACAGCUGGCUGGACACCUGACAUGCCCAAGGCAGGUACUAUGACCUGCUCAUAGAGCCCUGGUUCUCCUGGGGAGAAGAGCAGUCUCCAUUCCCCUAAGUGCUUAAUUUAUUCCAGCCUCUGCAUAGAAUAAGCUUGGUGAUUUGGGACUAGAGUUGUCCCCAGGCACAACCCCAGGACCUGAUUAUCCACACCAGGGUCAGGCAGGGUCUUCCCAUUUGACCUGGUGCAGUUUUCACCCUGGGCACUUAACAAGAAUGAUAGGGUUGGCUAGAAUGUCACUCUUGAAUUUAUGUAUACUUAUGUCUUCUUUUCCAUUUACCUGAGAGACUUGCUUCAUAAAAUCCAUUAACUCAGUGAGUUGUUGAAGAUAUUAAUAUAUAAAUCAGGAAAAUCACAGUCCUAGAAUAUUUUCUUUCAUAACACAUGUGCUCUUUGAAUUUAUAGUAUGUGCAGAAUUCAUAUGCAACACAGAAAAACCAGGAAACAAUAGAAGGUAUGAAGAGUUUCUUUGGAAGAAGAGAAUAACAAGGGCGUUCAUAUAAGGAAAACAUACCUUAAAGACAGAUCUGAAUGAUCUUUGCAUGUUAGAAAGUGCAAGAUAUUGGGUGUGUUUGCCUUACAGCUUAAAUUUGGAGUUUGGGAUCAGAGAUAGCUCCUGAGAUAGAAGAGGGACCAUUUCAAGGGAUCUCAGCUAGAAUGCAAACAAAUGACACAAAGGUAAAGCCUCUGGUGUCUAACAGAGUCAGUUAAAGACUCGAGCACCUGCACGACUGAGGGAGAGGUGCGGACCAGGACGUCUGAGGGAGAGGUGUGGACCAGGACGUCUGGCUAUUGGUGGUGGCAGUGUUGCAGAAAAAACGAUGGCAUUGGAAAAUAAACACGAGCGUGAAAAAGCAGCACUCGAGGGCCAUUAGGAUGGUUUUUAAUAUUAGUAAUGUGAGACCUGGGUAUUUGCGAUUCUAGAACUUCAUCUGAUUUUUUUUUGGCUAAAGCACCCAAGAAAAUGAAACUUGUUAGAAAGUUGGAGAUUAUCAUUUUUUGGAUAAGAAUGAACUCAGCUUUGGACAUGUUCAACUUGAAGUUCAUGUCGAUGGGUGAGGCAUCGAAACUCAGUGACAGAAGCUGGGAUUAGAGAUAGAGAUUUGGAAGCUCGGGAGUUCAUUCAUUCGUGCAGUCCAUGUGUGUGUCUGGGGUUUUAAGAGGAAAGGCUUUAGUAUGAUUCUGAGGAAGGUGCAGAUAGUCUUUAGACCCUGGAAAUGUCAUGGCACACUGUCCCAACUUCUUUAGGUAGCCAGUUUGCCAGGUGCUGUGUGGUACAAACUAAUGCAAGUGUCUGUCACCUGUAGCUGUUUCCAUUAGUUAAGGUGCCCAUCAUCCUGCAAAGGAUCUGACCACAGCUGUCUGCUACAGCAGCUUCCAAAGGAUCUGACCACAGCUGUCUGCUACAGCAGCUUCCAAAGGAUCUGACCACAGCUGUCUGCUACAGCAGCUUCCAAAGGAUCUGACCACAGCUGUCUGCUACAGCAGCUUCCAAAGGAUCUGACCACAGCUGUCUGCUACAGCAGCUUCCAAAGGAUCUGACCACAGCUGUCUGCUACAGCAGCUUCCAAAGGAUCUGACCACAGCUGUCUGCUACAGCAGCUUCCAAAGGAUCUGACCACAGCUGUCUGCUACAGCAGCUUCCAAGCUGUUCUCGGUAACAUCUUCUGUUCUGCAAGAUGUGGAUGAGUGUUAAAAUUUCUGAUUAUUGAAAUCAGACAAGUGAAACCUUUUUUCUAAUUAUAUGACUUCUUACAAACUCUUAGUAAUGAAUCUGGGAAUUUCUAAGGGCCAUCAUAUUAGCCAACUUUUAAAUUUUUCUUCCAGAUUACAUUUAUUCUUUUUCAUGGAAAGCAUGAAUAGCUCAGGCUUGCUGAUGAUUAUCUUUCAAAAUUUCUUAUCUCUUAAAUUAUGCUAAUCUCUUGAUUGAAGAAAUUAGUAUAUCCACAGACUCAGUUGGACUUUUAAUCUUUAAGGGCCUUUGUUAUAUGAGAUAAGUAUCAUAAUCAUUACGUUCCAGCAUCAUAAUUAAUAAUAUUUUGAAUCAUAAAGCUGGAUAUUUAUAAGCCUUUAAGUCGAGUUUACAAAGCUUAUAUUAUUUGUUAAUAUAUUUAUUUGGAGUUAUAUUUAAAACAUUUCUAUUUCUUCAAGACUGAUCAAAUUACUUUACACAGUUCUGAAUUCCCCUAAGCAUUUCAUUCCAUUUUCAUAUUGAUGAAAUUUAUUUUUUGUGGCUCCCCCCUCCCGUGUAUCACUGGCCAUAUGAUCCAUGAGGUCAGUGGGAUGUCAGACAGGAGGUUUGGAAGCCCUGUGAGUACAUACAGGGGAUGAACAAUCUGGGUCCAGCUAUCAGGAGGUAGAUCAGUUUACUUAGAGCCACUCAAUGCUUACAAGGUUUUUGGGGAAAGAGGGCAGGAACAUCCUGGAUGGGCAAAGGUCAUUGGCUGGGGAUUCAGAGUACCUGGAAUGCCUCGUUAGCGUGGGGAAGCAUUUCAGGAAUCUCGGGUGCUAGGGAACAGGUUUUACCAGGAAGGAGAAAGGAAACUGAUCCUGUAAUCUAAUUGAGGUUAUGUGACAUUCCCUAGGUAGAGGCUUAUGUAAUGCUUAGAAUUCCACAUGCAAGGUCAGAGAAGGAGAAACCCUGCUAGUGAAGGGGGUUGCCCAUAUUGUAUCAAGCCCAGAUGCUAUCUAGUUAUGACAGACUUUGACCUUAAUUAGCCAUUUUCCCACAAUUUAUUUCUAUUUCAAACUAAGCCUUACUAACAUGUUUAAUUUUUUAAAACUCUGAUAGUGCCUCACAAAACAGCCUUCUAUACCUAACAGAAAUCUCUCCAAGCACUCCUGCUUUACUCGGACAUCAUCAAACAGUGCAUAUCAGCGUAGUGUAAAAGUAACUUUUAUUCACUUGUAAAUGUUGUCUCAGGCUUACUGCGGAAUAUUACACCCUUUCUGGCUUUCUGAACUCUGGCUGGCUGGUCCAAACUCCCCUCCCACCUGACUGAUUCAAUUUGACUUACUCUCAGCUUCUCACUGAAUUGCUCUGCUUAUCUUCAAUUAACUCUGACAAUCUGUUCUAAUCUUUGGCUUCUUUUAUGCUUCAACUACCUUGGCUGAGCUACACUACAUGAACUGUACAAACUGAACAGAACUCACAAAUAAACUCAGCUGCACUGCAGGAACCGCACUGACUGACUGACUGACAGUCUCACCUGUACUGAUCUUAAAUGGCUUCUCUUUCCUGUGCUGUUGUCAUGACAGGCGGGCAUAUCCUGUCUGUCCCUUUCUGUCAGAUCUUCCUCUGAUGCAUCACUUUGUCUGCACCUCAGUUAGACUUCACUUUUAAAUAUGGCCCCUUCCUUCUACAAACUAAUUUUACUUUAAAGUUGUGUACCAAGGGCCUGCCUGCAUCCAGCCAGAGGGGUUAAAGGUGUGUCUGUGUUCCAGCCAGAGCACACAGACCUGGCAGGUCUCAGAAUGGGAUCCCUUUGCCAGAGAAGCCAUGCUGCUGAAUUAAAAUUUCUCUACAGAUUAGUUUAAAAACUGCUCUUAAAUAUUUCAGAUCAAAACAUCAAGAUUACAAUUAGUCAGCUUAAGUAUUUUAAGUUAACAGAAACCCAGAGCAUCAGAUUUCCUAAUAUGUCAAAUUCCUCUUAAAUGUUUAAAACAUCACAAUCAUCAGAGCAUCUCCUAGCUUUAUCGAGCGUGUGAAAGCUAUUGUUUUGAUCCACAUGUGGACUUUGUAUGUUUUCCUUCUCUCUUUGAGGUGGCAGGGUUGCUUACCUGACAGGUAUUGGGGGUUACCAUGCUGGCAUUUAAACUAGGCAUGCAGUGGCUUGGCGGAUCCCACAGUGGCUCUACCUGAAGCCCUUCCUAGCGUAUAGCAUUUUUUCAUUUCAUAACUUUUUCUUGAAAACUGGAUCACGCCUCCUUCAGUUCAUUACUCUGGCCUUGGCCUUUUAAAACUCUGUUUGAUUGUCCGGUUUGCAUUUAUGGAGCUCUCUAACCCCUGUGAGUUCCUUUACCUACCCCGACUCUCCUCUCCUGGAUGCACAUCUGUACUGAUUAGCCAAGCAGGCUCAGUGGUCCUCGUUAUGAUCAUCGUCAUAUUUUCUUUACCUGCACUCGGUUGGCUUUUCGUUUAUUCCCCCUCCCCCUUCCUCCCGUUGUUGGUUAAGGAAAACUUUUUCUAGGCCAGUUUUUCAGUUUUUCUUUUCUUUUUUUUUUUUUUUUUUAGACUGUCAUUUUUAUUUUAAAUUUGGUUUCUCUCUUUCCAUCUCCCCCCACCCCCAGAAAAAAAAAAAAACAACAAACUUUGGUGUAUUCCUAAGUUUUAAGCCAGUGUUUCUGUAGCGUAACAAUAAACAGAUAGGGUCCUGGAAGGUGGUUUGCGGUGCUUUUUCAUCUGGAAUCUGGAAAGCUUGUUUACUCUCUGAGGCCUCUCUGUGUCUCUGACAACCUCAGUUUUUCCUUUUUACCUUACUCAUUUUUACUGAUGUCAUCUAUAAACUUAUAGAACUGCUCAAAGAAAUAAUGCUAAAAAUGCAGAGCCUAAGAUUUCCUCUCCUCCUUUUUCCUUACAACUAGAGAGCUGUGGAAAGAAUCUGUCUCCGUGCCACCUUUUCUCUAACAACUCGGGCUGAGCUCCCCCUGCGCGGGUCUUUUCCCUUCCUAUUAGUCCACAACACACGUGUGUAAUGAGCCCUGGGAGAGGUAGGAAGCAGUGAUCUAGUGCUGAUGUGUACGUGCUGGUUUAAGUGAGUAAAUCAAAAUGUUAUAACUUAUUAUAAAUAAACGUAUGCCAAUAUAUAGAACUAUCAGAUUUUGAAAACAAUCUAGGCUUAGAAUUCAAUAAAUAACACUCAUAUUUUCCCUAGAUUUCUCUCCCCUGUAGCACGAACCUUGAUGUUCUACUCUUGGUACCAGGAAGAGCAGCCAUCUUGUUUAUGGACCUUGGGUGCUUACUGUCUUGUCAGGGCUUUGUACCCUGAGACCGCAGACGGCUCAGGACGCUUUAUAACAGCAUACUCCGCUCUUCCUCAUGCGUCCUCAUCGGCCAAUCACCAGGCCAUGGGAAAAUACUCAGGGAUGAUGAUCUCCUUCCCCCUAGAUAAGUACAUUCUAGGUUAAACCGACUUCUUUUUCCCCCACUGUUUCUCUGUGUGAGAUUAGGGCACCUUUUAGUAUUCCAGAGCAGAAAAGAAAUCUGCAACAUGUUUGUCAUUUACUGUGACUGUCUGGGUUUAGGACAUGAAAUUCUAUCCAACAGCUUGAGCGCAGUAUUAAAAAAUGAUGUAGUAUCAAAGUCAAUGAUCACUAUGUUUACUGUAAGGAUUCAAGUGUGGGGAGUCGAUGUAGCGCUGUGAUUAGCAUUCGGUAGCCUGCCUCUGCUUGUCAAGCCAGCCAAGCCCCAUCCAUGCAUCUGUAAUGUGCCAAGCCUCUGUGUGCCCCACCCAGUCUCAGGAGGAAUUUCACACCUUUGAAAGUAUUUCUGAUGAAAAUCAAGUGUCAGGCUGGAGAGGUGGCUCAGCAGUUAAGAGCACUGAUGCUCUUCCAAGAGUCCUGAGUUCAAAUCCUAGCAACCCACAUGACAGCUCCCAACCAUCUGUAAUGGGAUCUGAUGCCCUCUUCUGGUGUGUCUGAAGACAGGUACAAUGUAUUUAUAUAUAAUAAAUAGAUCAAUCUUAAAGAAAAAGAAAAGCAAAUGUCCAUAGAGGAGAAUAUAAAAGUCACUCAGCGACCAACGCCAUCACAGGAAGCAGGGGCCAGUGAACAUACAGCUUUAUUUCUUGUUAUUGGCUAUAAUAUUAUUUUCUUGCCUAGUUUGUUUCAAUCAGACACUAGUGAUGUGUACCUAAUUGUCUUUCAGUAACAACAUUCAGUAAUAUAAACGAUGAUUUAUGCUUGAUGUCAUACUGAAUUUAUAAUAAUUUGGAAACUGGAGAAAAUGACUUUUAAGGAGUCAACAUAAGGAGCUCACUUAAGACAUCGAAUUUAAGAGAAAAACAGAUCUCUACUACUCACAGUAAAUCCAUAAGUGUGAAAUUUGGGGUGUUGCAGUGUGUAAACCAGGCACAUUUUAUUUUAAUGGAGAAGCAGCCCUGGGAAGUGCUUCCUCCUGUGUUACUGCGAGUGCGUCCAAGGCCAGAUCUUAGACUCUGAGGCACAGGCUUGCUGUAAAGUGCACACCUACCCCACGAGUCUGCUUCUGUAACGGAAGACAUAUAGACGACAUUAAGAAGCAUAAGUACCUUUUAUUUACAAAAGCUGUAAAAUCAAAAGUUAAAAUAUAUUGAUUUGCAUAUUUCUCAAUUUUGUUGUACUUUUUUUUAAAAUCAGUUUUUCAAAGCAGCUGCAUACAGGUUCCUUAUGGACUGGAAAUACUGUCGUUUCGUACAGGGUGGAUGCAGAAUGAGGAAAUACUGAUAGAGUGAUUUGGGUAAACACUUUCCACGUGUAAAAACAUUUCCACAGAAGUUUUUUUCCAAAGCGUUAAAAAAGCCCUUUGAUUAGAGUCUCAGUCUGUGGGCAUAAGCCUCCAGGGACAGCCUACCCUUCAGAGGCUGUCUCAGUGUCUGUCUUGCUUCUGAGGCUAACAUUUCAUGUUGGAGAUAUUUUUAAUUUCCCCUGUCUAUGUUUCUCACUCUCCUUGACUGACUUCUGUUAUUAUCACUGUUCAUAUUUUCUCCCAUCCUCCAUACACCGCACACAAAACUUAAGAAACUACAGUCAUCCCAAGAGGACUGUUUUUCAAGUCUGUGCGGUGGUUGAACUUGUUGUAUAUACACAGAGUGUCAGCUUAGGUAUCUCAGAGCUACCGUGUCUAGCGAACAUUCUUACCCUCAGCUGAGAUUGACAGGCUGACAUCUCAUCCUUGGCAGUGCUGGAACCCCCGAGUCAGUGAGUGUUUUACUUAAGUGAACUCUUCAGCUGUUUGCCUCUCUGAGAUCUCUGCCUGCACCACUUUUGUUCACUGAUAACAGGUUUAUGCCCCAACGUUAGUGUGAGCCACACGUUUGGUCUGCAAGCAUCGGGCCUGUUUAAGUUAUGAACUUGUUGGCAAAUGUUGCUUCAGAGUUUAUUUCGUGGUCACAAUUUGUUAGUCCCUUCCACAUUGGAAAUAGUGAUAUGUGGUGACUGGCCGCACAGCCAGGUGAGAAUGCUGGUGUGUCCAUUUCUGUAUUACUGGGAGAUUGAAAAAAAAAAAAAAAGGGGGAACCACUUCUUUUAAGGGAUCAGAAAGUUUUAGGAAGGUUGUGGUUUGCAAAUUUCACAUAUAAUUGGAAAUCAGUCAAUACAUAUUAUGGAUAAAGUAUCCACUCAUUAGUUUGUAGGCAUGUUCUAUUCAGAAAUGCUAACAACGUAUUUUCAUUUAGUUUUCAAGAAAAGGAAGUUUAUGGACAUUCAUGUUAGGGAUACUCUGAAAUAGAGACUGUAUUUGCAUGCACCGUCACAUGUAUGUUUACAGAAAAUUCUAAAGUUCCUUACUGUAGCAUUAAUAUCUGUUACAUAAUCUUGUUUAUUUCUUCACUAUUCUAUCAAAAAGUUGAAAAAUACUGAUUUAAUCAAACCUUAAAAAAUUCCCCUCUUUUCACUCUCUUUUUUUACUGCUGUCUUUCCUUUUAUAUUAUUUUUUUGCCUUAUUUCUGUUCAUAUUUUGAAGCCCAGUGUUUGCAGGUAGUUAUUUAUAUGUAUGAAUUCACUGGUUCAUUCUAGUGCGAAAUAGGUCAUUCUGGAACAGUGAGAAAUGUGAUUGCUGAAUUUCAAGCAGUUUUUGCUGCUCAGCUGGAUCUGAAGCAAAAGAAAAGGGGUCAGGACCGCACUUGUUGGGGAUUUCUUGUUGCCUUUGUCCCAGAGCGAGCCCCUCUGGGCCCUGCUGAGUGUGCCGUCUUCUCUGUGCUCAGGGAGAAGGGAGAGGGUCCAGGCUCUGAGGUUCCCAGCAGCAGGCACAUUUGCUAACUACUUACUGAUAAAAGGAAACAUAAAAGCUCACUUUAAUUAACAGGAGGAAGGAUUGUUCUCCUUAAAUGAUUAAGUAUAGUCAGUAGUGGCACUAAUACCUUUUAGGCCCAAACCUGCUACUUAUAGCGUAAUAAAAUACUAUGAAAGGCUAGAAAACCAAUACAGAAUUGAUGACUGUUCUCAUCAAAAAUAACAAAUCCUUUAACAAGAAAGUGAAAAUACUUGGGAAAAACUACAUUAUUCAGAUUUCGAGAAGAGAAAUUAGUUAACCCUGCGCCUUCUUACCCUGUGUGGAAGUGAACGUGCUAACAGGAGCUGUGUUGAAGCAGUUAUCUGUGACAAACUUGGUAAAGGACUCAUCAAUUGGAAUCUAAUUCGCACCAUCAAGUGAUUAUAAAUGUGUGUGUUACUUCAUAGGUUUCUUUUUUUGUUAAUAACAGCUCUAAUAAACUAUAAUCAUUUUCAUUAGUAUCUAUUUGAGAAGUUUCUGACAUUCUCCACUUGGAAAUACUCUUUUAUUCUAUUUUUGAUUAUUAAUAUACAUGUUUUCUGUAUUUAAAACAAAUAUGUAUUAUUGAAGAAUUUAUUUCAAUUUUAGUUCAAAGAAAGGAUCAUAUAAGAGAUUAAUUCAAAGAAUGUUUCAGGUUCUGGCUGGGUGUUCGUGGAUCAAGUGGUUUUUCUUGUAUGAAUUUUAAAGCAAGUGAAUGAAUGAUCUGACAGAGCAGCGGGAGCCCUGCUUGAUGGCCAGCGUGGGGAGCCGGCCUUCCUAGGGCCUCACCAUCAGAGCGGGUGGACCAGUCACGCCUUCCUGCCUAUAGGUCGGAGGACAAUAAAGCCUUUAAAUCUACCACAUGAAAGCCCGUUAGACAAAAAUCUUUGACGUGAAACAAGAAAUGCUUUUUUCUAUGGUUUCAACAGAGUGCGUGGGUUCUUCCCCCACUCCCACCACUGUGACCGUGGGCUUAAUGAACUGAGUAUCGUGAGGGUGAUUGUUAUAAAUGUAGUAGCAAUGUUAAAGGUAUGGCAAAAUCAUACAUUUCGAUCAUAUGUUAUUGUUUUCAUAUAAUUUGUUUUAUUAGGUGUAUAUGGAAUUGUAGUUGACUAGUAUUGCAUGCCCGAGAGGCAUGGAAGUAAGAGAAGUACUCUACUUUGUAGGUGAAGUAAAUUUUUUCUUGUUUAUAGGUGAGGAUCUUUGACAAGAGAUAGGUUAACAAGAGAAAAGUUCUUUCAGUUUUACUCAAUACAGCAGCCCUCAAAAUGAAGGCCUGAUGAAACUGGAAAGCCAGUGUGUCUUUCUAAUGCUGGGCUUGAUGAAGAAGAGGAUGGCAUGGAGUUGUGUGGAAAGGAGGCGUGGCCAUUGGUUACCAACUUAGGGGCCCUUUUUAUUCAGAAUCUCUUUUGGUGUCCCUGUAUCUUCAGAGAUUCGAGUUCCUGCAUUCUCUGGAGAUAGGUGUGCUCUUCUCACCACAGCCCAGGUCAGAACUGGGUGAGGAAACCCAGAGAUGCCCUCGACGGUUGGCGAUUGCUCAGAUGUUAAGGCGCCAUAUUUGUGGAAGUACAUUCUGAAGCCAUCAGCCCCUCCAGUGUUCUUUGCUCUCUUCUCUCUUUCCAUCAGUGCUGUUCACCUCUCGUGCCUCUUACUUUGUGGAAGAUGUGUCUUUAGGGUAAGCAAACAGAAUGAUGAUAUGUCCUAUAACGCGUCUGGCUUCAAGUCAUAGACCUAGAUUUCUAAGGAGAGCUCCACUUGGUAAUGAAGACUGGAAACCAUUUAUGAGGUUGUCUGUUGCAGUAGGAGAACCUCAGUGUUAUGUUAAGCUUUUACAGACCUUUACUCCUCUUUGUUUAAACACAAGGAUCCAGUUUUUAUCUGAAAAUGUUGUGAUCACACUCAUUCCUCGGUUCGUCUAUCACCCUUCAGACAUUUUAGAUACUCAACUCAGAGGCUAUACGAAUGACUGAUCCAUGGAGCUCAGCAGUACUUCAUAAGUUUCUGAGGACUUUCAUUGAGUUCAUCUGAAUAGUGAUGCAUUUAUUCAGCAAAUACCUUGUAACCUUCCUACCCUUAGCACUGUAGCUAGCUCAGCAGGCAAAUAGAGACCCAGCGUCUGGGUCACCAUCCAGUAAAUGAUGUAAGUGAGCAAGCAAGAACGGUGGUUAGGACCAGGGAGUGUGAGCAAAGGUCACUGUGAAUAUAGGGAUAGGGUGUGCAGUUGAGGAGUGUAGGUUGGCGUCUUCUCCAUGGUGAAGCUGCCCUUCCCGGAAGAGGUGGCAGUAGGUAAGGGGAAGGAGUAAGCCAUGUAUAUAAA